UCCUAAAAGAAAAAGAUAUAUUUAAUUAUUUUCUCUCGUCCUCUCUUCUGAAUAAUCGCCUCUUCAGAACCCCUCCCCAAACUCUCCUCCGGCGAUCUCUCUCUCUCUCUCUCUCUCCGACGAUUAGAAGGCUAUUGAGAUGGCAACUCCGAUGGUAGAAGACACGUCAAGCUUCGAAGAGGAUCAGCUCGCGUCCAUGUCCACCGAAGACAUCGUUAGAGCUACUCGUCUCCUCGACAACGAGAUUCGAAUUCUCAAGGAAGACGCACAAAGAACAAAUCUAGAAUGUGAUUCUUACAAGGAGAAGAUAAAGGAGAAUCAGGAGAAGAUUAAACUCAACAAGCAGCUUCCUUACUUGGUUGGCAACAUUGUUGAGAUAUUGGAGAUGAAUCCUGAAGACGAUGCUGAGGAAGACGGUGCUAAUAUUGACCUUGACUCGCAACGGAAGGGGAAGUGCGUUGUGUUGAAAACCUCUACACGACAGACAAUCUUUCUACCAGUUGUUGGUCUGGUGGACCCCGAUAGCCUUAAGCCUGGUGAUUUGGUUGGAGUUAAUAAAGACAGUUACCUGAUUCUGGACACCUUGCCGUCUGAGUAUGACUCUAGGGUUAAAGCCAUGGAGGUCGAUGAGAAACCUACCGAAGAUUACAAUGACAUUGGAGGACUAGAGAAGCAGAUCCAAGAGCUUGUAGAGGCAAUCGUGCUCCCCAUGACGCACAAGGAGCGUUUCGAGAAGCUGGGUGUUCGUCCACCAAAGGGAGUGCUUUUAUAUGGUCCUCCAGGGACUGGUAAAACUUUAAUGGCCCGUGCCUGUGCAGCACAGACCAAUGCAACCUUUCUAAAAUUGGCAGGUCCUCAAUUGGUCCAGAUGUUUAUUGGAGACGGAGCAAAACUUGUCCGUGAUGCCUUUCAACUAGCGAAAGAGAAAGCUCCAUGCAUCAUCUUCAUUGAUGAAAUCGAUGCCAUUGGUACCAAGCGUUUUGACAGUGAAGUAAGUGGAGACAGGGAAGUGCAGAGGACUAUGUUGGAGCUGCUCAAUCAGCUUGAUGGAUUCAGUAGCGAUGAGCGUAUUAAGGUGAUUGCAGCCACUAACCGUGCAGAUAUUCUGGAUCCAGCACUCAUGCGUUCUGGUCGAUUAGACAGGAAGAUUGAGUUCCCACAUCCAACAGAAGAAGCAAGAGCCAGAAUCUUGCAGAUUCACUCGAGGAAGAUGAAUGUACACCCAGACGUCAACUUUGAGGAGCUUGCAAGAUCGACAGAUGAUUUCAAUGGCGCUCAACUGAAAGCAGUAUGUGUAGAGGCUGGCAUGUUAGCUCUUCGUCGUGAUGCCACGGAGGUGAACCAUGAGGACUUCAAUGAAGGUAUCAUCCAAGUCCAGGCCAAGAAGAAAGCAAGUUUGAACUACUACGCCUAAUCUCUAUUUUUGUUUGCUCUCAUCUUUCAACUAGUGUUGCAUUCCUAUUUGGAUAUUUUCAUAUUUUCAAAUCAGGAUAUGUAUUAUCGAAAUACAUUUAGUUGUGUUCAUCUUCUUUUCUUCUGAGACAAGAAAAUGAAUUUUAUACGGUGUACCAUCUUUUUAUUGUUGAACUGUGUUUGUGAGAAAAAAUCAUUACCUUCUUAUCAGUUUGUA